GUUGUCGGCUAUUAUUUUGAUUAGUUUAUGUGCAUUUUAUAAAUUUUUGUAGAAGAAGUAGAAGAAUCGCAUUGUUUUCCUAAAUAAUUAUGGAACGCAACAAAUCGUCGAGCAGCUCAAGCAGAGGUACAAAAAAAGUGCAUGCGGGGAAUGAAUUUUUUGCUUUGGGCUCAAAAGGAUAUCGUGAUGAAGCAAAAUCGAAAAUUGUUUCAAUUAGCAAAGGCGCCACGGCCGCAGUAGAUCGCAAACGCGAAGCUGGAACUUCAUCGUCUUUAAUAGCGGCUAAAAAAGCAAAACUUGGCGCCGGCCUGAGAUCACAGAAUGAAAUUGGCCCGGGACCACCUGGGCCAUCACAUGAACCAUGGGAACAAAUGGCCACCGAUAUCGAGUCAGUUGACAUUGUGGAAACUGUAAGUGCAGCCGGAGAGCAACAUGAUACUGACACAAUGGUUCGUUUAAUAUGUGGUUGCAUUAAGAACUUGAUGACAUCAUAUACGAAAUCAAAACCAGACAUGGUAGCAUGCUUAAGUAUUCUGUAUUUGGCUAAGGUGCAUCCAGAAUAUUUUGCCAAUGAUAUUAUUACCUCAGGCUUAUUGCACAUAUUAAGGCGUGAUUUCAAUAGUAAAAUAAGGCAAAGCUCGUACUCGCACGUAUUGGCCGCCAAUUUAUUGGCGCGCGCUUUUAGCGACAAGCAGCAUUGGCCGGAAAUUUUCCUACGCGUUUACAUAGAUGAUGCUAUUAAUGAACGAUUUUGGUCUGAUAAUAGUUUGUGCGCACCAUUUAUAGAAAAUGUGGCGGCUGCAUUUAAAACACGUACACCUCAGUUGAAUUUCUUGCAAACAGACGCAACUGGUCCGAAUUCAGCUAGCAAUACUGCUGCGACAGCAGCCGCCAGCGCUUCUGUUGGACCUUCUCAACAACAGCAGCAACAACAAUCGACAACUUCGAUUAAUGUUGAUGAUGACUCUUGUGAUAACUCGGAGGCGAGUAGCUCCGUUCGUCCGGCUGCAGACGUAAAGCACAGCUGCGAAUCGUUUUGUGAGGUCAAGGAUCGCUAUGCCGAAAAUGAGCUUAUAGUAAAAAAGUAUGUCACAGAUGCCAUUAAGGAACAACUCAAUAAACGACAACAACAAGAAUGCUAUACUCGUAACUUUUUAAAGUUUUUGUGCAAAACUUCCGGUUUAGUGGAAGUACGUUAUUCGUGCAUUUCACGUUUGGAACUUUGGAUACAUAAUGGUAAACUGGUCAAAUUUGCUCAGGAGCUCUUAUCGUAUAUUUGUUUCAAUGUACGUGCAAAGCAUUCCGAGGAUCACGAUGUUCUAGCAAUUUUGGUGAAAAUGCGUCUCAAAGCCAAACCGCUUAUUAAUUUUUAUAUGUCAUGCAUCAAAGAAAUAAUACACUUGGAGCCGGGAAUACUAAGUGUAAUAUUAAAAUUUGUCGUGCAAAAUGAAUUAUCAAAUACUCGAAAUCCGAAUAAUAUGGGAAUGCUAGCCACGAUGUUUCAAACAGCACCAGACGAUUCCGCUAAGCAUUUAGCGGAGAUUUACAAAGAGUUUCUUUUGCAACGUGACGACUGUUUACGCACGUUACGAGUGUUUUUAAGAGAAUUAGUGCGCAUGUUACGCAACGAUAUAAAUUUGGUUGUCUUUUGCAAAGUCUUCUUAAACUCUCGCCCGGAACUUAACAAACAAAUUGAGAGUUCAGAAUUUAGGGAUCGUAUCUUCCAUUCUAUUGUCGACAUAACAUGCUUGUGCAUGCUGCUUUCAGUUUCGCCGCAAGUAAGGGAGGCGAGCAUCUCUUUGAGAGUUAAUAAGGACAACAGCAGCAACAAUGCCAUCUUAAUGAAGUUUUAUAACCAAAUGUGUCAAAUACAAUUGGAUUCCGUAUCAUGGAUGUAUGAAAUUGUGCCAAGUCUAUUCAAAUUGCAAAGUGCCGAAUUUAAUCAGGGUCUGCACAAGAUACUGUUGCUCGAAAAUCCCGAGCAGUAUUCACGUCACGAUCAAUGGCCUUCAGAGCCUGAACGUACUACGUUAUUGCGUUUAGUUUCAGAGACUCCCAUACAUGAAGAAACUCUCCUGCGUAUUAUUUUAAUCGGUAUAACGAAAGAUAUACCAUUUAAUAUACCUGACACUUUCGACAUAAUUAUACUGCUGUUGAAGCGAGCUUCUACUAUGCGCAUAGCUAAUUGCCCGGUGGUGCAAGCCAAUAAAUUCGACAUUAUCGAUUUUCUAUUCAGCAUGUCUGAGUAUCAUCAUCCCGAAAAUAUCAAUUUGCCAGUUGAUUACGAACCGCCUAAAUUAGCUAUCAUUGUACUUUACUGGAAGGCUUGGCUAAUAUUGCUAAUGGUUUCGGCACACAAUCCCUCAACAUUUGGAGCAUUCUGUUGGGAUCAUUAUCCCACAAUGAAAAUGCUUAUGGAAAUGUGCAUAACGAAUCAGUUUAAUGAGUCAACAAUGAGCAAAGAAGAACUGCAGAUUGCUACUGUGGAGCGUGAUCAUAUCGUAGAAUUCGAAUCGUAUUUAGCCGCUCAAACAUCGCUAGCGGUCAUUACCGAGGAGAACGCCAUAUUGACUUCUCAACUAAUGCUUAUGGAUCCAAUGGGUAGCGCGAGACGAGUGCCUAAUGUGGUCUUGGAACAAUUAAGAUAUUUAAAUAAAACAUUAAAAAUCGGGCAUCUGCUAUGUCGUAGUCGGAAGCCAGAUUUACUAUUAGAUAUCAUACAACGUCAGGGUACAACGCAAUCUAUGCCUUGGUUAUCGGAUUUGGUACAAAAUAGCGAAGGCGACUUCAAUCAUCUGCCCGUGCAAUGUUUAUGUGAGUUCUUGUUGUUCAAUUCAAACACAAUUAAUGAAGAGAAUAGCCGCCAUGCCGAGUUGGUGAAUUUCUUGCGUAAUGUUAUAAUGGACCCCACGUACAGUAAGCAAACUGUUUGUGAGAUAUUGGAUUAUAUAUUUCGACGCUUAUGUUCGUUGGUUAAACAAUCUCGUUUGUCGGCUUUGCGUGGCCUUAAAAUAAUAUUUAACUGCAACGAUUUAAGUGGGAAUGACUGGUUGCUAAGUGCCAUACCGCAAAUACCCCAUUUCAAUGACAAUAACGAGGUGCGAAGUGUUAUUAUUCCCCAUUUACGUUCCGCAUGUCAAGUAGAAAAUUCACCCGAUUUGAUUAUGGCUUAUAUACAAUUCAUAGCGGCUCAUACUUUGGACGAUUCCGUCACGUUUAUGUUGAAUCAUGUCAUCGAUAUGGCUCAGUUAAUUGUUGAGCGCAGUACGAUGUUCCAGCAUAUAAUUCCGUUGCCCGAAGGCACGCCAACGCCGGCGAAUGAUCAAAGUCAAUUGGAGCAAGAGAAUCGUUUACAAACUCUGAAAUGUUUAUUCGUCAUGUUCAACAAUUACAUCAUUAAACUGCGCGAAACCACUACAUCAUCGAGUUACGAGACUUAUCAAUGGACGGAAUAUCCAGAUUUAUUUAUGGUGCAAUUCAACGAUGGUAUACAGUUACCAUUGCACUUGAAUAUUAUACACGCCUUCAUUAUAUUGCUAACUCACUCAAGCAAUAAUAUGCCUGAAUCUAUACCUAUUUUGGAUUAUUGGUUUCCCUUGGGUGGAAGCGUACCAAUUGCCUACAUUCCCAAUAUGCCGCAUGAGCCGGUUCAACUUUUGCCUGACUGGCUUAAGUUAAAAAUGAUACGUUCGUCUGUGGACCGCUUAAUAGAAGCGGCUAUACGUGAAUUGACUCCUGAUCAGAUUGUCUUGUUCGUGCAGAACUUUGGUACGCCGAUUAAUUCGAUGAGUAAAUUAUUGGCUCUCUUGGAUCAUGCUGUCAUCGAACAAUUUGAUACAGUAAAGAAUGCCAUACUUAAUAAAGCCUAUUUAGCCCAACUGAUUGAAAUACAGCAAGUAAGAGGAGCUAAAAAUGGUCAUUUCACUGUUCAGGCAUUAGGCUUGUACUCACAUUCGCAAACUGUAGCUGAUAAUCCCAAAAUCCGAACAGACGUUCUGGAGGCUGUUGAUCUAUGCGAGUUAACACCUACCACCGUUCCCAGUAAUAGCAAGGAAUUAUCAUCUGUGGACACGAAAGAAGUUGUUUACAAUCUCUUGAAAUGUCCACAACCCAAACGUUUUAAUGAUGAACAAUUUCGUCAGGUGUUGAAUCAAUUGCUAAGCAGCAAAGAUUCCAACAUCGCGCACCAAUUAGAACAAGCAAAUACGGAAAAUCUCAUACUAAACGUUCUCCAACCACAACAAAUUUUAGCAUUAUUAAGAUCGAUUAUAAAAUUGCAGCCGCGUCUAGCAGCCGAUCCUAACAGUCGCCUGGUAAGGGCGUUGAAAGCGAAACAUAGGGAAUCGAAUCAGUCAUCGAUAUUUGUUUCGAGCAUAACUCACUUAAUGGAAAGUAAUCAAAGUAAUGUAACGAAGCCCACCCUUAAGACGCCAUCAUCUGAAAGCACAUUGCGUAAUAUGCUGGUCCAAUUUAGCAAGCGCAUGAAAUCGUCUUCGAAAACGAAUAGUGAUCCCAUUAAUAAUUUAUAUCGCGAUGGUAUGUUAGUGGAUCUUUUAGCUGAGAAUGACCCCGAAUUGUUUACCGUUUACAAUAAAAAUGACUUGCAUCUCUUGUUCUCGAAAUCCUGUGGAGAUUUCCGUUAUUAUUUAUUGUCUUGGAUUUGUCACGAAGCCAAUUGGGACACAAUUAUAGCUACUCUAAAUUAUCUUUUAAAAUGCAAGAUAAACGAUUUGGAUUAUGCGGCAGUUUUGAAUUUUGUGGAAGCCUUAAUUAACAAUCCCAAAUUGUGGCAAGGACGCGAUCGCAGUGUUUUGAAAGCCGAUCAAUCGGAAAAUAUUUUCACCUUAAAUGAUUUGGAAUUGCGCAUGUUCACCGAAUUCAUAUUAAAGGAGGGCGAAAUCGAAUUAAAAAUCCAUGAAUCACAGUACGCCUUCGAGUUGUGCUGCCGCAUCAAUCUACUGUUCCGAGUUACCAAGAAAUGCACAUCGAAUUUAAUCAAAUUCAUUGAGUAUGUGUUUGCAACAAAUUGCUCCGAAAAGUUGCGUUUGAAGGUGUUGAGACAAAUGUACAUUAUGUAUCCAUCCAUUAAAUUUAUAAGAAGUCAAGAGAUGGAAGACCAUACGGCAAAGCUGCAAAAUCUGAGCGGUUGCCAAGCAGAUAAAGUAUCCAAUAAUUUGAUCACUUGUCUCGGUAAUUUAUUUACGAAAAAAGACUUUGAAGCCUUCUCCAGUGAUACCGAAUUACUAAUACGGAAGCUUGCUGCCUCCCAUCCUGCCUUGUUCCUACGACAAUUAGGUGUAUUGUCUUCUCUUAUACAAGGACGUGGCCAAUUGAGUUUACGUGUUAUACGCGAUGAAUACCAUAUGCAUCGUUUUAUACAAAUCUUGCGUACUUUAGAGUUGUUGCAGCCCAUUUGCUUUGACGACGUUUACAAAGAGGAAUUCCAAGGCGCUUUGGAAUGCUACUUUACAUUUUUCAAACAAUAUAGCAAUGUCAAGGAAGCGUAUCACAUCUUAAUUAAAUUUAUUGAGCUGCUGCAGGGUUACAUUAAUUCGAAUCCCUCCAAUGCGUUGGGAUUCAUUGAACAGUAUGUUGAAGUACUGAUGGCUUUAGCAAAUCGUUACAAUUCUAUUUCGUCGCUUCAUCAGCUUGUUCAAGGCAUUACUUUAUUGCAGCAGAAAACUUCCAGCAGUAACUUAAGCAACAUUGACAUCAAGCAAGAUUUCGAUUUUGAGGAGACUUCGAGCGAGUCGAGGAGCACGGCUCAGACUUCCUCUUUAGACAGCGAGCCGACACCUUCGACAUCAGAUGGCAUAGGCAACUAUCAGCUAUAUAAUCUAGAUAUUAACAGCAGAGGAGCGGUUACCUUCGCUAUAUCAGGCUCAUUAAAUAAAUCAACUGUCAUUUCUCCGCACUUUGCAAACCUAAUAAAAAUCGUUAAGCAUUCUAGUGCAGAGGAUACUAUAUUGGGACCGCUUCAGGAAAUCGAAUGCAUGACUUCAAAACGUUUCGCUUUCCUUAGCGAGCUCUUUGAUCGAUUGCUGGAAUUGAUCUUCUCGCCCAGUGCUCAAAUUCGUUCGAACGCUUUUAUACUGUUAAUAAGGCAUUUAAAACAUAAUCCCGGACGCACUGACGUCAACCGUUGCGCCUUAAAUGCUUACAUACAAUGCUUAAGAGAUGACAAUCCCUCCGUGGCCGCUACUGCAAUCGAUAAUUUAGUGGAAAUGACUUUAUUACUACAAGAGCACGCCGUCGAAAUUUUAUCGGUUUCGUUCGCUUUAGGCAUUAAAUCGCGUCUUAACACUAAUUCGCAAAUUAAACGAGUACUGCAGACAAUUAUGUUGCAACAUGGUUAUUGAAAUUAACCUAUUUAAUAUAUGUAUGUAUAAAUUGUAUUACAUUGGAUGGACUUUAAAUAAAAUAAAUUAACAUUA